AUGGGACGCAUAUUCCUCCAGCAUAUUGGGGGAUCCCGACUGUUCACUUGUGGGAACUGCAACAUUGCGCUGACAAACAGAGCCGAGCUAAUCUCAACCCGUUUUACAGGGGCUACAGGGAGAGCAUUUUUAUUUAACCGAGUGGUGAACCUGCAGUACAGUGAAGUUCAGGAUCGGGUGAUGUUAACUGGACGUCACAUGGUACGGGAUGUGUCCUGCAAGUACUGCAGCUCCAAACUUGGCUGGAUCUAUGAGUUUGCCACGGAGGACAAUCAGAGGUACAAGGAGGGCAGAGUUAUUCUUGAACGGGCCUUGGUCCAUGAGGUUGAUGGCAUGGAUGAACCCGUGCUCAAUGACAGUUGA